AUGGGUCGCCGAGAUUCGUCUCCCCCGAAACAGGACGUGCCUCUGGCUUGGAACGUUCGAUACCGCCGAGGAAGCCGCCUUGGCUUACGACAAGGCCGCGUUCAAGCUCCGCGGCAACUUCGCCAGGCUGAAUUUCCCCAGCCUCCGCACCAGGGGUCCCACGUCGAGGGCAAGUUCGAAGAGUACAAGCCAACUCGAAGCGAUUUGCCAGAGCUUGGCGGAGAACGACGGGAAAGGAGGGAAGAAGAAGAAACCCUCGACGGCAGCUGCAAAGAAGGCGGCUGCGGCGAAGGCCACGACGGUGGUGAUAGAGGAGAAGGUGUCUCCUGUGGCGACGAAAAGCGAUGGGUCAGGUGGAUCAUCAUCACCUCUAUCAGAUCUAACAUUUCCGGAGUUUGA